CAUGUCAUCUUUGUUAUUGCUUUCCUAAAUAGUUGCAUCGCACAAAUCGAAUCAAAUCGAAUCACAGAAAAUACAGAGCCAACCAUGACGGAUGAGGCACAAAUUCCUGAACAGAUAUUAAAUAAUAAAAAUAAACACAGUGUACGAUGUGAUUAUUGCUAUUCUUUGAUAUUGAAACCACAAUUUGGCGAGUAUGUUGAGCAUGAGUUUGAAAUGCCGCUAAUGCAGCAGAAACAUCGGAAAGAUACUGAAACUAUUGAAACAGAGCUGCUCAAGAAUUUCUGGUGUGUCGAUGAUAUAUUUACUUUUGAGAAUAUUGGUUUCUCCAACACAGUGGAUAAUCGUAAAUUCUUGAUAUGCGCAGACUGUGAGAUGGGCCCGGUGGGUUAUCAUGAAAUCGCAAAUAAAAAGUGUUACGUUGCAUUGAAACGUGUUAGACACGGCAGUGAACCGGACGCAGUAAUGGAACCCGUAACCGAUGAUGAAGAGAAUGAUGUAUAAAAAAGAAACGAAUGUGCAUAUGUAUGCUUGUAGAUGCGUGCAUACAUAUACAUUUAUAGGUUUAACAUAAAUAAUUGCCAUUUGGGGAGCAAUACGUAGACAGCGAAUGUAAAAAUAAGCAUAACUUUGCUCCUUCCAUUGACUUUAUUCCAUAAUUUUAUGUAGCAUUUUGUUUAAAUAGCAAAAAAAAAGAAAA